AUGUUUUCGCCUCCUGCUGAGAGCCUCUGGCACUGUGCACAGGGCCAGGGAAAUGUCCCAGACCACAGAUCCAAGGGCAAGAAGAAGACCGGCAACUGGAAGCCUCCGGAGUUCGACGAAUCGCUGGCCAACAACAUCACCGUAAUGGAGGGGGAUCCUGCCUCGCUUCCCUGCGUCGUUACCAGACUACGCGGUCGAUCCGUUUCGUGGAUUCGACAGCGGGAUCUCCACGUCAUCUCCGCCAACGAACUGACUUUCACUUCAGAUGACAGAUUCAAGGUGGUGAUCGACAACGCCACAUCGUCCUUCACACUACACGUCGCUGUGGCACUUCGGAAUGACACCGGCGUGUACGAGUGCCAGGUCAACACUCGACCCAAGCUGUCCAGACCCAUCACUCUCACAGUCCAGGUUGUGCUACACCACGACUAUGUGAGCAAGUAA